AUGGGAUUCGGCUGCUGUUCGGUGCAGGGGCUGAGAUAUUCUGCUCACAACCUCACAAAAUGCAAAUUUCGACUACAGCGGAAUGUGUGGCCUCAAAAGAGAAGUAACACAGGAAGUGAGUUGGGUCUCGUCGAGGCCGCGGUGAAAAGUCGCCCAAACGCUCUUGACUCGACACAUGCCACCCUCGCGACUGGGCGGCUGACAUUUUGUUGCCCGCAGCGCUUUUUCCACAGCGUCAGGCUGGAGGGAGGAGGACUGGCGUCCAGUCUGCUCAGGAGGAUUUCGGCCAGGAAGUCGCACCAGUGUGGGAACAGCCCUCGAGCUCACGACGCCAACGACAUGGGGGUCGGAGACGAGAGCGGACCAGGGAGGCUGAGCCGUCGCUUUUCCCGCUUGAGCGGUAGGCGACAAUCCAGGGCGGUGGGUCAACCCGACAGAUCUCCCGCGCCGCUCCCGGGCCCACCGGCUCGGCAAGAUGACAGGCUUCCUCUACCAGACCCAGCCCCACCUCCAGCACCGGUUGUGCCUCGAGUUCCAUCUCCAGCUCCGGUGAACCUUGCCCCCGCCCAGAAAAAGCCUCCCAAACAUCCGGACAAAGCUACCAAGCCCAAACUGCCUCCUCGGCCUCUUUCCAAGGUGUUCAGUAGUACUGAACACGGCUCAGCUGUGCUACAGGGUUUGAAUGCUUUCCGGGCAAGUGACAUCUUGUGCGAUGUGGUGUUGGUUCCCGGAGACAGUCAGGAAACUUUUCCAGUCCAUCGAGUCAUCAUGGCGUCAUGCAGUGACUACUUCAAGGCCAUGUUCACAGGGGGAAUGCGCGAGACGGAUAUGCGCGAGAUCAAGCUGCAUGGUGUCACCAAGUUGGGCCUCAAGAACAUUUUAGACUUCAUCUACACAUCCAAAGUCAGCCUGGACAUGGGCAACCUUCAGGACACCUUGGAGGCCGCCAACUUCUUGCAGGUCAUGCCGGUGCUCAGCUUCUGCAAUCAGCUUCUGAGCAGGGAGAUCACGGUUGAUAAUUGCGUGGAGGUGGAGAGCAUCGCAUCUGACUUACUCCUGGAGGAUGUGCAGAAGAAUAUCGCUGACUUUGUGAGCCACAACCUGUCCGCCCUGGUGCAGUGCGGGCGCUACUUGCAGCUCUCUGAGAAAACCAUCGCUGGAGCCCUGGCCAGCAACUCUCUGAAGGGCUUCUCGGAAAUGGAGCUUUACCACAUCGCCAAAGGCUGGCUGGCUCACGACUUCGCCGGGCGCCGCCAUUCCGUCUACUCCUUGAUGCGUCACAUCCGCUUCCCUCUGAUGAGCCCGUCCGACUUGAUCCAGAUCUCCCACCCAGGCGACGACCGGGACGAUGAGACCGACUCGCUGAUGCGUUCCGAGACCUCCUGCGUCAACCUGCUGCUGGAGGCCAGUAACUACCAGAUGAUGCCCUUCAUGCAGCCGGCCCUCCAAAGCGAGCGCACGCGGAUCCGCUCGGACGCCACCCACAUCGUGGCGCUGGGCGGCGUCAUGCGGCAGCAACUGGUGGUGAGUCGUGAGCUGAGAAUGUACGACGACAAGACGGGUCACUGGAGAGCCCUCAGGCCCAUGGAGGUGCCUUGCUACCAGCACGGCGUGGCCCUGCUCGGCGGCUUUCUCUUCAUCGUCGGAGGUCAGAGUACGUACGACACCAAAGGUAAGACGGCCAUCGAUAGCGCCUACCGCUACGACCCGCGCUUCAACGUGUGGCUUCAGAUCGCUUCGCUUAAAGAGAAGAGAACCUUCUUCCACCUGAGCGCUCUGAAGGGCAAACUGUACGCCAUUGGUGGCAGGAAUUCGGUGGGAGAGAUCGACUCGGUGGAGUCCUACAACCUGAAGACAAACGAGUGGACCUUUGUGAGCAGCAUGGCCGAGUCUCACUACGGGCACGCCGGGACGGUGCAUGGCGACAUGUUGUACAUCUCAGGCGGAAUCACCCAUGACACCUUCCAGAAGGAGCUGUGGUGUUACGACCCGACGGCGGACGCAUGGUCACGGCGGGCGGACAUGACGGAGCUGCGGGGCCUACACUGCAUGUGCACGGUGGGGGAUCGCCUCUUCGUCAUGGGCGGCAACCACUUCCGGGGCAGCAGCGACUACGACGACGUCCUGGGAUGCGAAUACUACAGCCCCGCCGACAACCAGUGGACGGUGGUGGCGCCCAUGCCGCGGGGCCAAAGCGACGUGGGCGUCACCGUCCUCCAGGGCCGCAUCUACGUUGUGGGCGGCUACUCGUGGAACAGCCGCUGCAUGGUGGACAUCGUGCAGCGGUACGACCCUGAGGGGGACGUGUGGGACCGCGUGUUUGACAUCUUGGAGCCUCUGGGCGGGAUUCGAGCCUGCACCAUGACUGUUCAUCUGCCGGAGGGGUCGGUGGAUGAGGCUCAGAUCCAGGAGGGACCCUUGCCCACGGGCGAAAACUGAAAUUUGGUAGGAAUCGAACAAAAUCUCUUUCUUUGAAAGACCCUGGAAGUAGUCACUUCAAAUCAUCAUGAUAGACUUGAUGACCAAAUUUUAUGUGGCUGAGAGCAAGUGGCUUCAGGGUCUGAAUUUUUUUUUCAAACGACCAAAUUUUCACCAGGAGGAACAUGCCUCAAGACGUUCCUAAAAGUGCCACUUUGAACCACAAGGGAAGACGUUCUACCAUAUAUCUUUUCAAGCAUGUUUUCGUGAGACUUUUUUUGUGGGUUUGCUCAUGAUCGACUGGACUCCCAAAUUACAGACUGCCAAGUGAGUUUGUCUUUGCGGGCUGAACUUUCAACAAACUACCAAAUGUAUUUUUUGACCAGGAGAAAGAGAGCUCAAGAUGACCCUGGAUCCAAAAUGGCAGACAUGGCUUUUUGAGAUUUUUUUGUGGUUCUUCUUAUAAUCAAUACAUCUACCAAAUUUCAAAUAGCCAAGUCAAUUUAGCUUUGAGGGCUGAAUAUACAAUAAACUGCCACAUGCGCUGUACAUUUACAGCAGGAGGAUGAGGCCUGCAAGGUGACCUGAAAAUGGCCACUUUGAACCAAAGGGGUAAACUUUUUGUGUUUUCAGGCAUCAUGUCUUCAAGGCUUUUAUGGUUGGUGUACUCAUGACAGACAUGCAUGCCAAAUUUCACAUUGCUAAAUGAAUUUGGCUCCAGGGGCUCGAUUUUCAAAGAACUACAACACUUACAUUUUCAGCAGGAGGAUCAUGCCUGCAAGAUGACCAUAAAAGGGCCACUUUGAACCAAAAUGGCAGACUUCCUGUGUCUUCAGGCAUGGUGCCUCAAAACCUACUUUUGUCGGGCUACUCAUGAUAGGCAUGCAUCUCAAAUUUCAUCUUGGUGAAUGAAUUUGACUUCAGGGGCUCGAUUUUCCACGACCUACUAGCAACCUUCCUGCGAGAUGACCCUAAAAUGGCCACUUUGAACCAAAAUGGCAGACUUUGUGUUUUUCACCAUGGCUUCUUGAGACUUUCUUGUCAGUCUGCUCAUAAAAGACACACAUACCAAAUUUCGCAUUGUUAACGCGAGUCUAUCUUUGAGGGCUUAAUCGCCAACAAAUUGAACGGCUAUUACUGAUCCCAUUUUUGGGUGGUCACGCCCCCAAAACAUCAAAGAAACGAAGCAAUGUUCAGUCACCACCAACGAGGAGCCUCAGGGAAUGCGAGCACCAUGCUGAUUUUCCCUCGGUUUGUAAUCUCCUAAAAUGAACGUCAUUUGUGCAGCAGUGACAAAGCUCUGCACUGUGGCUUGUUUUGGCACGGUUACGUCCGAACAUGAGCUCCGUCAUGUGUUUGGACCACUGCUAGCUUUGUGGUCACAAAA